CUCAUGCAUUGGGAGACUGAACUUCAGAGAGAGCAAGGGGGGCAUGCCUGCUCAACACUACUGACUGCAAGUUAUGAAUUCAUGACAAGAUACUUGAACAAAACGAGUUAUUACAGUACAUUUAAAGCAUAUCUUGUUCAAUCAUCUUUGUCUUGGAACCUAUCUCUUCAUUUUUCAAAUGAGUGCCACGAGGUACCUCCACGUAUUAAAUUCAUCAGCAAUGCCGGUUCCUGUUAUGCCUGGAGACAUUGCUAUGCGCAUGUACAUCACACACUCACCACCUCUCCGUAGCUUCCUCAGUUCCCAUGAGGACUUGAGGGCCAGGAACCGGGCAAACCACUACAAACCCCUACAGCCCUGCAUCAGCUCCCAGAGGCCCCUGGAGGGCCCCAGUCUGGUCUGGAAGAGCCCCAAGACAACCAUGAAGACCUCAAAGGGCAAGAAGAGAGUGGUCUUCGCCGACUCCAAAGGCAUGUCCCUCACAGCCAUCCACGUCUUUUCAAAGUUUGAUGAGGAGCCUGCGCUGUCCAACUUUCAAUUUGACCUCAUAGACCUGGAGAAUGCCACCAUGGAGCUGAAGAUCAGCACCAAGCGAAGCCUGGCGCUGGACUUUCCCCAACCCGCUGCAGACUAUCUGGCCUUCCGGAACCGGCUGUUGAAGAAUUCUGUGUGCCUGGAAAACUGCACACUGCAGGAUAAGUCACUCACGGGCACCGUGAAAGUCCGAAACCUUGGCUUUGAGAAAUCUGUCCAUGUCCGGGUAACUGUUGACUCAUGGAAAACCUACACAGAUAUUGACUGCACCUUUAUGAACAAUGUCUACAGUUGCCAGGACACAGACACAUUCGCCUUUGUCUUCAAACUGCCCCGUUACGUACCUCCAUAUAACAGAGUCGAAUUCUGCAUAUGCUUCAAAAGCAAAGACCAGGUUUUCUGGGACAAUAAUGACGGGAAAAACUACAUUCUCAAACCAAUUGGGUGGAAUGGAGAUGAUGUGAAAACAAUGCCCAAAACCCCCGUUGAGCGUAAGAAACCAGAAGAGCACAAGAACUCCAGUAAACUACUGGAGAUGGGGUUUGACCAGUUUGGAAGUCCCCACUCAUCAAGUGGACUCUUUCCUGGGUUGCAAAGCUGGGGCCGAAUUGAGAAUGGUGCCAACUACUGGUGAAAUUAGGGAAGACUUUCAGCUACAGUGAAGAGUUAUAAUAGGGAUAGACUUGGAGCAGAGGGAUAGCAGUACUAGUGACAUAACUUAUCUUAAAAUGUCAAACGCUGCUUUGAAUGCAAUGAAGCACAUCAAGAAAUAAAAAGUGUAUGGAAAUAUGGACCAUGGCUAGUUUCUACUGCUAUUUGGUUACCAUAGAGAUACUUUCUUAAUAUGAUCAGAGAGAUGGAGGCAAUUGAUUUUAUUUUUUAUUUUACAUGUGAUUCUUGUGUAAAGUAAGUUAGUGCCUUCUCAAUAUCCUUCUUGUUAUAAAACAAAUUGAUUGAGCUGAACUUCCUGAUUUCCAUACAUACAGUAUGUGGUGGGAUCGGACCAAUGGGAUGUCCUUCAUAUUGAAGGGUAAGAGUGGUAUCAUCCAUCUGUGAAAAAAUAAAAUACAAAUGUAUAUGAAUUUCUCAGUAAAUAAGGAAAAUUAUAAAAUGCACCUUCAAUAUUCCUUUGUACCUUCAAAAUAUAUGUUUUUAAUGAAGACUCGUGUCAUUUGAUUUCUCAACAUUGCUGUCUCAUGUAUCUCUUUUCAAAUGCUUAUUAUUGUAUUUGAUGCAAUGUGAAGUUGUAUUGAUAAGAUACAAUCAGGAAAUGUAAUUAUCACGGGCUGUUGUCUCAUACAGGAGUUAAUGCUGGUAUGCUUUUCUUUCUCAAUAAGUUCCAUGAUAAUGUUAAGUCAGUAUUACAGAACUGUGCCUUGUGGUGGACCUAUUCUAUGUUUAACUGGGCUCUAUGAAUGGUGAUUGUUCUUAUUUCUAUAAGUGUAAUUCCGGUGUGAGUGUUGAGCAGUGGUGUGGCUGAAGUAUGUAUGCACACUAUUUUAUAUUAUUACUGUGAAAAAAAGUUUGGUUAUUGUGCUCUUGAAUGUGUGCUAAAAGUGUAUGUGAUCCUUUUAGAAAUAAAAUGUUAUAUUGUACAAAACA